GAGAUUUCCUGUAAAUCUUAACUUCCUGUGACAUGCACGAUUUGAAAACUGAAGAAAAUGCCAACAUUUAAAGUCAAUGUGAAGUGGGGACGGGAGAAGUUUGCAGAUGUGGAGUGUAACACUGAUGAGCCGCCGGUGGUCUUCAAGGCUCAGCUGUUUGCCCUGUCCGGCGUCCAGCCAGACCGCCAGAAGGUCAUGAUGAAGGGAGCUGUUCUCAAGGAUGAUGAAUGGGGAAACAUGAAGCUGAAAGAUGGCGCCAUGUUGCUCAUGAUGGGUACAGCAGAGGAGCUGCCUCAGGAGCCCACCGAGAGACCCAUGUUUGUGGAGGACAUGAGUGAACAGGAACUAGCGUCAGCGCUGGCCUUACCGGCUGGGUUGACCAACCUGGGUAACACCUGCUACAUGAAUAGUGUAGUGCAGUGUCUCCGAGCCGUACCUGAACUCACAGAUUCUCUCAAAAGGUACACUGGCAGUCUAACUGUGGCCGGAGCCAUCGCUCCCGCGGAUUCCAUCACAGCAGCUCUGCGAGACCUGUACAAGACUAUGGAGAUGUCCUCGUCCGCCAUCCCACCCAUCAUCUUCCUCCAGGUGCUGCACAUGGUGUUUCCCCGAUUUGCUGAGAAGAGCGAGCAUGGUGGCUACCAGCAGCAGGAUGCCAAUGAAUGUUGGACGGAGAUUGUCCGAAGUUUGCAACAGAAACUGCCAAGUAUCCAGUCAGGUGGAGAGAGUUCUGCGGCAGCAAGUGGUGGCAAAGGUUUUAUUGACCAGUAUUUGGGUGGAGAGUUUGAAGUUGUUAUGAAGUGUACAGAAGCCCCUGAAGAGGAAGAGAAAAAGUCCUCAGAGUCCUUCCUGCAGCUCAGCUGUUUUAUAGAAAAAGAGGUUAAAUACAUGGCCACUGGUUUACGGGGUAGAUUAGAAGAAACAAUUACAAAGAAUUCACCUACAUUAGGAAGAGAUGCAUUGUAUACAAAANAAAAUUCUAGUAAGAUAAAACGUCUACCAGCGUACUUAGCAGUUCAGUUUGUCCGGUUUUACUUUAAAGAAAAGGAAGCGAUUAAUGCCAAAAUUCUGAAGGAUGUGAAGUUUUCAAUGAAGCUGGAUGUUUUUGAUCUAUGUACUGAAGAAUUACAGAAGAAACUGACGCCAGCUAGAGACAAGUUCAAAGAAGAGGAGGACAGGCAAACUGAAGCCCUCACCAAGGCGAAGAUGGCUGACAAGAGUGAGAAGGAGGAAGAGAGUAAACCAGCGGAGAAGAAGACACUUCCCUACUGGUUUGAGGAUGACCCUGGCUCCAACAACAGCGGGUACUACGACCUGAAGGCAGUACUUACACACAAGGGCAGGUCUAGUUCCAGCGGCCACUACGUGUCCUGGGUGCACAAGAAGGAUGAUGAGUGGAUCAUGUUUGAUGAUGACAGAGUGUCUUCAGUUCCAGCGGAGGAUAUUCUCAAACUGUCAGGAGGAGGUGACUGGCACUGUGCCUACGUCUUGUUGUUUUCUCCUCGGGCUCUGGAGGUGGAAGCCAACUCCAUGGACAGCUGAGACACCUCGUCCAUCAACACAGUGUUUCAAUCAGCCACAACCACCCCAACGGUGCCCUUCUCUAGCCCCACAACACCAAGCCGUGGUUUAGCUUUCAUACAUGCAACAGUUAGGACCAAAUACCACCUUGCUGGUUGUGUGCUGUGUUUUGUUCCACAGAUUGUACAUACAUUAUCCAUGUUCUGCUUCAAGUGCUAUGUAUCUCAGGCCCUGGAAUGUGGAUGGCAUAACACACAUAAAUAUAUUUGAGAUGAUCGUCUUCAUAAUUUUCUUUGAGAUCUACCUCACAGCUUUCCUUGUUAAUUCUGUCAUCGUGUUGUAUUUAAUCUAGGAUAAUAUGUCGGCAUUUUAUUUGCUGAAUUUUAAAGUAAGGCUACAAAAAUGAAAUUAAAUGGCUCAUGUGCAAUGGCUUUUGAAAAUGUAUUUGAGCAGGUGGCAAUAAAUUCAUGUAUGGUGAUUUGUAAGAUCAUUUAAAUGAGAAAUUAUAGGUUUGGUCUGAAAACAGAAAUGAAUGCUCUCCUAUUGUGUCUGAGAUUCAGGAAUAUAUUUUUUUAAUUUAAUUUUGAUAAUUAUUGUUGGCUUAAUACGAAUAGUUAGGGAUUUCGGUUGCCCCAUUCUACCCCCUACACUGCUAACUAUAGACUAGGACGACAGGGACCAAACUUAAUUUAAGAAUUCAAAACAUUCAGGCCUCACACUCUCUGAUCAGGGGUCACUCAUCUUCAGUUCUUCACAGGAUUGUAUUGUCUAUGUGGCUCCAUGCUUUGUAGUUGUUACCAACCAAUCAAACAAGGGUCUGUUCAAAGCAAGAGAGAAGCCAGAAAGUCAUCGCAUAUGACUCUGUGUGCCUUCACCUGCAUUGCAUCAAUGUCAGGCAGUGGCAGAUUAUCAUUAUGUUUGUAUAUGGAGCAGUGCUUAUUUCACUUCCAUGUCUCAUUAAUGAACCAGUCACACUCUAUAUCUCCAGCUCUCACGAUUUGGUAAACCUAGAUUAACCAUUGGAUCCAUUCCAACGGUUCUUGGAUUACAUGCGCUUGUUUUUCCACAUUUUACACACUCAAACGUCGGCAGAGGGAAAGAGUAAGGGAGGUAACUUGUGUUACCAUGAAACCCAAACUUCCACUAGAUUUAAUAGACAUGAAAACAUCCUUGCCAUCAAAAAGAUUUUAAGGACCUUCAGUUGUGUGCCGUUCAUUUUGUCAAUAGUGAAUUUCUUGCCAAAACAUUUUUCAGUCAAUUUAUUGGUCAUAUUGUUGAUAUUGACAACCCAACAUUGAUUUUAACUGACAUUUUGUUGGUAUGUCAGACCUUGUUGCAUAAGUGAGGUGAGGUGAAAUUGGGUUUAAUGUCGUGCUUGAGAAUAUUUUGCUCAUAUGACGAUGUGCAUGCAUGUGUUUGUGUAUGUGCGGCUGCUUGUACUAGCCCAGA